GAUUGCAGCGGGGUCCAGUCUGCUGCUGGAGGAGCAAACCUGGCAACCUGGCAGGUCGUAGGGAGACGUAUUGUCAAUUUGGCAAUGCGGAAAUAGAUCUGGCAUCCCCGAGCCCGGACUGAGGAGAGAGGCGUGACAGAGCGAGUAGAGAGGAGUCGGGAUUGCUUUGACUCAGAUAAAAUAACCAACUCUUUCUUCCUUCUAAGCCUUUUUCUUUUUUAGUUAAAGUGCGCUCGUCUGCACCAGCUGGGGGCUUUCCAGCAUUUGUUUUUUGAAUUUGGCAAGUCUGAGAAGACGAAAGAAGUGCGUUUUUAUCGUUUGAAUUCCGGACUUUACCGACUUUUCCUUUCUACAUUAAGCAUGGAUGUGUUGGCGAAUUACAGUAUUUUCCAGGAGCUCCAACUCGUUCAUGACACUGGUUAUUUCUCCGCGAUGCCUUCCCUGGAGGAGAACUGGCAGCAGACAUGUCUAGAGUUGGAGCGGUAUCUACAGACGGAGCCCAAGCGGCUCUCGGAGCUCUUUGAUGAGGAGCUGGAUUGUCUCUUGACGCCGGCGUUCAUGCAGGGUGGUGACAGCGAUGAGGACCUGAUGGAUCCCCUCCUCCCCAGCCUCCCUGAUCAGCCCAGCCCACCUCCACUACUGGUAACUCUCCCCAAGGUCCAGGCCAAGAUCCUUCAGGUCCCCAACCCCAGCAAGACCCAAGCAGAAGCAGGGACUGAAAGCCUCACAACCAAGGAGCAAGUCCUUGGAGGAGUCAGCGCUGCACAGCUUAGCGCUGCUGUUACAUCCCUAACACCGCCAUCAUCACCAGAGCUUGGCCGCCACCUUGUGAAACCCACGCAAACGCUCACUGCAACAGCAGAUGGUACAUUAACGCUUAAACUGGUGGCGAAGAAGGUGGGAUUAGGGGCAGCUAAGAUGGUGGCAGCACGAGCAUUACCGUCCCCGCAGAGCCGAGGAGCAGCCCUCAGUGACAGUGAGCAGGGAGGAGGAGGAAGUCUGGGAGGAGAUGUACCAGAGAACAAGAAGAGAGUCCACCGAUGCCAGUUUAACGGCUGUAGGAAGGUUUACACCAAGAGCUCCCAUCUGAAGGCGCAUCAGAGGACCCACACAGGAUCUGAGGACUUCUUCCACCACUGAGUCUGGCUUUCCAAGACCUCGACCCCUGCUGUGCCCCCACCCUCAUUAGGCCCUCCACAGCUUCAUGUGGACUCAUCUGCAGUAACCCCACAUCUCCAUACACACAUGUACCUCUGUACUCCUCUACACCCACUGAAUCCAACCUCCAGCCUGUGCAUUCUCUCUCUUCCUCAUUCACUUUGGGUUGCCAGGCAACUGCAUCACACUCUUCCAUAAUUGGCUGGUGGUUGGUGGAUUGUCCAUGCCUGUUAAUCUCUCUCUAUCUCUCUCUCUCUCACCCACCACCCUCUUCCCACCCCCUUUCUCUCAGUUGCUAGGUGACUUUAUCAUGCAUCCUUGCCUUGCCGUGCUAUAAUUGGCUGGCGUCAUGGUUGCUGUGGCGUCAGGCCCAGGCUGGCCUUGCUUCAUUUCAGUGUGUGUGUGUGUGUUUGAGGGGGGUCCUAUUGAUGGAAAAUGGGGUGCUCUGGCCAAUUACAGAAGACGGGUGUGAAACGGCCGCCUGUCUGGCACCUGUGGCCCCCAUAUCACACACACGCACACACGUAGUUUGAUAGUGUAGCAUUUCUCCAACAGGCCUAGAGGAUAAGCUGCCAAGUGGUUUGCUAUUGUAUGUUGAAAAUAUUGGUCCUGUGUUCAGUCCUGAGUGAGGAGGACUGUGUGGAGUGAGUAGGAGGAUUCACACAUACAAAAUCUGCCCCUAAACAUUGUGCACGGUGGCUUUUGGCUCUUUACAGAACUAGAAUCUGUUUUAGAUUCACAUGCUGUCAGACUUUUCACUACUGCACCAGAGGAUUGUGGGUCUUUACAAAAACAGAGGAUUUGUUUCUGUACCUUCAAAGGCAGCAAAAUGUUUGGAACCUUCUCUAUUCAGGAGAAUUCUUGUAUUGAUUGCAACUGUCUUGGUCUCUCAUAAUUCAUCUCAUUUAACUGCAAUAGAUGGGAUGAAUUAGAAUGAACAAGAACAGAGAAAUAACCAAAUUUAAUCUUGACCAAUUCAGUCAAACCAAUACAUCAGUCAGCCGUUAUCAGUCAGUUAAGACUUAUAGUUACACUGGCCAAUAUACAUUUAAUGCUGAUAUAGAAAAUCAAGUUGCACAUCAGAAAACUGCAGCACUGAAUGUUUUAGUUAGUGUAUACUGUAUUUCAUCUUUCCCAGAUUGAGUUCACUAAACUUUGGUUUUAAGUGCUUGUUAAAUAUUUAGCUGUCAUUUUAACACUAAAGUUUAACUGUAAAUUACCCUUGUUCUGACUUCAUCACAAAAUGUUUAUGUAAAAAACUAAAACUUAACUUUAAAAGUCCAGCAUCAGGACUCUGCUGACCGUCCCUCCCUCCUGGUCACAGUGACGACAUGGCAUGUAUGGUGCAACUCAUGGACUUCAGAUUUGACACAGCUUGCAUUUUGUGACUUGUGGACAUCUCUGAGGUGCCAUGUAACGACAAUACACAACAUGUUUCACCGGCAAGUUCUUCAAGCUCCUCCCAGAGGAUCAACACAUGAAAGUCUUCCUUCAUUAUCAUGGGUCAAUAUAAAACCUUCAUUACUGCAGCUGAUGCACCUAAUUGACAGACAAGCUCACAACUCUUUGUGACAACCCAUCAGGCUUUCAUAGUCUUCAAUGAGCCUUUUACUGCAUGCCAGUGUUGAAAACAAUGUGCUCCACUCAUUUUGUGUUGCACUUCUAAAAUACUGUAAGAUUCAUGGUGCAAGGUUUGUGAAAAGCAUGAACAACAAAGCAGCUGAACCACACUGUCCUUUUCUAUUUCACAAAUUCUCUCUGGUGUCUACAUUAAUCACAAUGCAACUUGACCACAUACAUCUCUUUGUCAGGUAUGUUACACUAGUAGCAGUUAAUGUCUCAUAGCUUCAUUUAAAACUCAUAGUCUGACUUUGGGUCUCUGGCUUCUUUACAUAUGCAGUAGUUAUAUAACAGACCUAUAUAAUAAACUGACUUCCUCUUCUAACUGUCAUGCAAGU